GGCAUUGCAGCGAUACCAGUCUGUUAGUUACAUAGAGCGUUGUGUUGCACGCGCAUUCUUUCGGUGACCGCCGUACUAAACAUAAGUUAGUGUGUGAACUGUGUUAUUUAUUUAAAAAUGUUUUAUGGUAGUGUGUACUGGUGGGUCACAUUAAUAGCUAUAUGUUCAGCUGAAAAAUGGCGCUUCCCAGAGAAGACGGCGAGAUCAGCGCGCAUCGAUUCAAAAGUCAAGUUCACCGAACCAUCCAUCAACAGCAACCAGAACUUCCUACCGAACAGAGGGAAUAUCCCGAACAAUGCGGUACCGAAUGAUCUGAUAGAUCAAGCGGCGUCCCAGAACUUCUACUAUCAGCCUGGCCCUGGGCACUACGGAGAUGUGGUCCAGCCGCUGCAGGGACAGAAAGUUCCUUUUCUCAUGCACCAGACCACCGAUAAAGAAUUAGUAAAACCUGUGCAUGAAUCUGACGGCACCCUGGACUCUCUUGACCGCUGCAUGUGCAGACAGAAAAGGGACUGCAUGCAGCGACUGACCAAUGCGCACGUUUGUGGUCCAAACAUGAAACUGUGCUGCUUCACUGACAACAAUCUUUCAGCUGUCAACAGGGCAGAGUAUUUUAACGAGCUAGUCGAUGAGCGGCCCAUGCUGCUGCCGGGACGCGCGCCCAACAGCGGGCCCUUCCCGCCCCCGCCAGACUCCGUGCUCACCGGGGCCGGCAAGUACGCUCCUGGCCGCGCGCCCGACGCCAUGCUUCUGGCCGCGCUCGACAUGUACCGCGACCAGCCCGCGCCCGCCCGACCCCGCCACGACCCGCUGCUGUCCACACCCAAUCACGUACCCGCGCCGCAGCUCAACAGGCCCGUGUUCAUCGGCACCGGUGGCCCUAAUGCCUUGCACCGCGCAGGCACUCACAUGGUGUCCAAAAAUAACUACAUACUAGCCAACAACGCCAAGAGACCGUUGCUGGUUGGGCCUGAAGGACCCUCUGGAGUCGUCGGACCCUACAGAAUUGGCCCGCAAAGUCUACAUCCGAAGCCUUUGGUUAUUAACGACGAAAGACCGGAACUAACGAACUCCAACGGACAGAAUUACGACGGAAGUCUCAUUCCGUACAGUCUGCAGCAGGAUUUGCACCCGAGCCAGUCCGCUCAGAGGCCGAUCCUCGUCGGCCCCGGAGGCCCGACCGGUGUCAUCGGACCUGAAUACAAUCAGCGACCAAUUCUGGUGGGUCCAGGCGGCCCCACGGGUAUCAUCGGCCCACGCAGACCUAUCCUGGUCGGUUUCGGGGGACAGUCCGGUAUGAUCGGACCUAACUACAUGCCAACAGCGAAGCCAGGCGUCCGACGGCCCGUGCUGGUUGGCCCCGGCGGACCGACGGGGGUCAUCGGCCCCUACAGGAUAUACUUUAAGUAACGUUAUGUUAGCUGUAUUUGUUAAUUAUUUUUAUUAACACGACUGCAAGCCGAGUGCGGUCCCAUU